CAUAUUCUUCAUCUUUACAAGAUAUCCACAUAACAAAGAAGCAAAAAAUAGAGCAUCAAUGGAAGGUUUAAUACCAGCGGUGUAUAGGGCCGUGAAGAAGAACCUUACUCGCCGUCGCUACGAGCGUAUCUCCUCCACCACAACUCGUGAGUCUUACCAAAACGAAAUGAACGUAGACGGUCACCACCGACGUCGCUGGUCCGUUGGAGAUAUCUCGUCAUUAUCAAGCCGGGAAACAAAAAGAGACGGCGGAGCUACGGAGAAGAAGAGUUGUUCUCCGUCGCGUGAAGGUCAUCAGCUCGUAAAGUUCAAGAGCCUUCGUUUGUUUUCUUGCAUCACAGGUCAAUAAUAUACUUAACAAAUUCAAGAAAAUUAUAGGAUAUAUGAUUGUUUUUUUCGUGUUUUGGUUAACUUAUAACUAUAAAAAUUUGUGAUAUUGAUCAUGUACGUACUCGUCAUCAACUUAUCUUGGUGAUGAUCGUCU